AGUGUGCACCUUGAAGUGACACUAACACUUGAUGACUUGAGUAGAUGUGAAUUUUCUAAGCUAACUAACUACCUUUUAUUUCUUUGUGAUUAUAAAAUGGGUUCAAUCUUCGUCCUUUUCUUCUUCUUCUGGACAUCAAUUUGUUCUGCCACUAGCGGCGAUCUUGGACUGAAGCUUGAGGCUAAGAAGCUUGUGAGAGACCUUAAUUUGUUCCCGGACGUCAACCUCAACAUCGCUUCGUCUGCUGCAAAUUCAUCUUCCCGUGGCAAGAUCGUUGAGAAUCCCCUCAAUUUCCGUAACCUAAUUUCCGAUGAUGAUGAUGUUUCCGUUGAGGAUUUUGGUCACUAUGCUGGCUAUUACCCCAUUCAACAUUCCCAUGCUGCAAAGAUGUUCUACUUUUUCUUUGAAUCACGCAACCAUAAGGAAGAUGACCCUGUUGUCAUUUGGUUGACUGGAGGACCUGGCUGUAGCAGUGAAUUGGCUUUGUUUUACGAAAAUGGUCCUUUCAAAAUUAAGGAUGACUUGUCUCUUACGUGGAACCACUAUGGUUGGGACAAGGUGUCAAACCUUUUGUAUGUUGAUCAACCUACUGGAACUGGCUUUAGCUACAGUACUGAUUUACGUGAUAUUCGUCAUAAUGAAAAGGGUGUUAGCAAUGACCUGUAUGACUUUUUGCAGGCCUUCUUUGCAGAGCAUCCCCAAUAUGCAAAGAAUGACUUCUUUAUUACAGGUGAAUCAUAUGCUGGGCACUAUAUUCCUGCUUUAGCAUCUCGCAUCCAUCAAGGAAACCAAGCUAAUGAAGGAAUUCAUAUAAAUUUGAAGGGACUGGCCAUUGGUAAUGGGCUUACUAAUCCUGCAAUUCAGUAUAAAGCCUACCCAGAUUAUGCUCUGGAGAUGGGCUUAAUUACAAAGGUUACACAUGCACUUCUUGGCAAAGUGUUGGUUCCAGCCUGUGAAUUGGCAAUAAAGCUAUGCGGAACCGAUGGAAAAGUUGCUUGCCUGAGUGCAAAUGUAGCCUGUAAUCUCAUUUUCAGUGACAUCUUGUUACAUGCUGGAGGUGUAAAUUACUAUGAUAUCAGAAAGAAGUGUGAGGGGAGUCUCUGCUAUGAUUUUUCAAACAUGGAAAAGUUUCUGAACCAAGAAUCGGUUCGGGAUUCACUAGGGGUUGGCAAAAUUCGUUUUGUUUCUUGUAGCACUGAAGUUUAUAUGGCUAUGUUGGUGGACUGGAUGAGGAAUCUUGAAGUUGGUAUUCCUAUCCUUCUUGAGGAUGGAAUCGAUUUGCUUGUUUAUGCUGGGGAAUAUGAUCUCAUAUGCAACUGGCUUGGUAAUUCAAGAUGGGUUCAUGCCAUGAAAUGGUCUGGUCAGAAAGAAUUUGUAGCCUCCCCUGAUGUUCCCUUUGUUGUUAAUGGAUCAGAAGCUGGAAUAUUGAAGAGCUACGGUCCCCUGAGUUUCCUGAAGGUCCAUGAUGCGGGUCACAUGGUUCCAAUGGACCAGCCCAAAGCUGCAUUAGAUAUGCUGAAGAAGUGGACUCGGGGAACUCUUGCUGAAUCCAUAGUUGGUGAGGAAAAAUUGGUUGCUGACAUGUGAGCCCUUUUGUUGCUUGAUUAAUCUAGCAAAAGGAAACAAAAAUGAAAACCAGGAGGCUGUACUCAUUUGUUAUUUCUGAUUUGGUUGUAAUAUAAGUCCUACACUGGGAAGUUUCAAACGGUUUUUCUAACAACCUAAAGUCGUCCGACAUGUAUAAAACUACUAUCCAACGACUUUUUCGUUUUUUAAUAUUUUCUUUCUCCACCUCAAUUUGUGAAUUUGAUGGGGACCAGCUUGGUUGACUACCGUGUGAAUACAUUGUCUCUUUUUUGGGUCGUUCAAA